AUGGAUUUUAAGGUGAAGACCUCAAAAUUGAGGCUCCUUUCUGACAUUCGUACUCAUCACAACGAUGAUCCGGAAGUUGCGUGCAACCUGAGAAGAUUAGAAGCGAUGCUGUUAGGAAAUACAGGUAGAAACUGGACGGGAACGAAAAAGGUAAGAGUGUACGGUGAAUCCGGCGAAUUAGCUGAUAAAUGGCGCAACGAACCCGGCGACAGUCAGGUUGACAUGGUGCAAAUGGCUGAGGCUAACGUGAGACCGAUCCUUGGCUUUACGUCAAUGGCAGCUUUGGCUACCUGCGUUACCCAGAGGCCUGACAACAACAUUUCGCUGGGAAGACAGGAAAAAGCUUGGCUACUCAGCUGCGUCGAGGAGGAACACAAGGUCGAACUUUCCGAUGAACAUCGAGCCAUCAAAUCGUUGAUUGUCCGGCCUUACGCGUUCGUUGUCGCUGUUCAUGCAGCCCUGUACUUCGGGUUGUUGCGAGGCAUUGAGGUGCAUGGCAUAAUGAAUGGCAGUUUCUGCGACGGCGCCUCGGACGUGCUGAUCAUGUGGUCCCAGCUGUUCGUCGUUCACUUUCUAAUGGCUCUCCUGAUGCACUUCGUCUUUAAGAAAAUCUUCAUGCGUCCGCUGGCGUUCCUGGAUGACGUGCUAUUACAGUAUCAUGUUUUACCUGUUCUAGGCGAAUUUGCCUUGGCUUGCGCGUGGAUACUGGCAGCCACGUUGCCUUGCUCUGGCAUGGCAAAAAUGGCCAUCUUGGCCUUAGGAUUCACGCUUGCAGCGUUGUUCGUCAAUGGCUACUUGCUGGUCAUUUUCGAAAAUAUACAUCUCAAACAGUGUUUCCAUCUCUUGACUAUAUUGGUGACUCUGCCAGAAAUUGGAACUAUUGUCUUGCUGACACUUAACUAUUUGUCACUGAAACUCGUAAGUUUAAUUACUCUUAUGUUCUAG